CACCAAGCCACCAGAGGAAUACUUGUGAAUUCGCAAUGCGAGGAAAUCAUGGUUCGGGUUAAUUGCUCGAGCACCGUAUCCUGCCUCCAUGGGUAUAAAUGUAGCCGGUUUCCCUCCUCAACCCAGCAGAUCUCCAGACUCACACCACAGCAUAUCUCUCACAGAAUCACUCUCAUCUUUUUCAUAUUUCCCAACACACUUGUCAUCAUGGCUACCUAUCUCGUCACACAGGCAACUGGCCAACAAGGCCAAGCCGUCACCAAGCACCUCCUGGCAGCGGGUGCCAAAGUCCACGCAGUUGUGCGUGACCCCCAGAGAAUCCCGCCCAUCUUGGAGGAUCCAGCUGUCACCGUGUUCAAAGGGGAAAGUGUCAACUUCGACCAAAUCUUCCAAGCCGCGCAGGGUUGCAAGGGAGUGUACUUGAACACUUUUCCCAUCCCGGGGCUAGAGGCCCAACAGGCAAAGACCAUCAUUGAGGCAAGCAAGAAGGCAGGAAUCAAGACCAUUGUUGCAUGCACGACCAUGUACACUGGCAACAAGGCCGUGUGGGACACUCCAGCCGCAGAAGAAAUCGAACUGCGCGGAUAUUUCCUUUCCAAAGCCGAGGUUGAAGAUGCCGUGCGCGGAGGCGGUUUCGAAGCCUACACCAUACUUCGGCCAGCAUUCAUUCAUGUCGACUUCAUGUUGCCAAACGCCUAUGGUAACUUUCCCAAACUUGCCACAGAAGGACAGUUGGAUCACGCCUACAACGAUGGAGCCAGGAUGCUCUAUACGGAUGCAAACGACAUUGGCAAGUAUGUCACGGCGGCCUUCCUGGAUCCCGCCAAAUUCGCCGGUCAUGAGAUUGAGCUCGGCAACGAAAACUUGACCAUUGAAGAGGUCCGCGACAUCGUUGCUCGAGUCAGCGGUAGAAACGUCCAGGCGAAAAAGCGGACUCCAGCGGAAAUUGAAGCGAUCAAACCCACGCUCUUUGGCCAACGAUUUCACCUUUGGGCAAACGUCAAUGAUUUCAGCGCUGCCUCAGAGGCUGCCAAGGAAGUUCAGGCCAAGUACGGUAUUCCCUUUACUUCUCUCGAAGAGGCUUUGCAGAGGGACAAAGCCCGCCUUCUCGAGUGUGUGCCAGCUUAGUGUUACAACGAAUGACAAGCGCCGUCGACUAUGGUAGAAUGAAUGCCUGACUCCGUGUCUUUCACUUUUACCAAUAGCAGUAGGAGGGAUAGUCACAGAAGCGGCACGCUCGCAAGACCUGUCGGUUCAACAAUUAUUUACGCGCAUUACCUGCACUUCAGACGAGCCUUGUGCUCCUAGCUAUCAAUACAACUGGGUUACUUA